UCUUGUCUGCCCGCAGCGGUGCAGCUUUUUGGUGGCGCGCCGCAUCUGAGCUCAUGCCAAUCGUCUCGAGCUUCGUCACCCUCGCUGCUCUUCAACUCCUCGCAAGUACCGCUUCAUCCGCACUGGCCAUUGCAUCGUGUCUCGGCAUUGUUUUGCAUCGUUCUCAGCAAAAAUCCCUGCAGGCCCCCCUCCUAUUUGCCGCAAAAACAUCCAGUCAGCAUCUGGAUUUAAUCAAGCAUCUGCUGUCCCGCUAUCGCAUCCAUCGAUCCGCAACCCACAAUACUCCGCCGCUGUCCAGCUCCCAUCCUCGCUCACCCAUCUACGACGGCAUCUGUAUACUCUUUUUUCUCGAGCAAGCGACAUACGGAUGCUGCUCUAGCUAGCCAUAUCAACAGCUCAUGGCUUCUCUUCAAUCUACCGAUACUCCUCCCGCUACUCGACCAAGCCCAGAUAGA